UCUCACCUGCCACCACAUUCUGCCAUGAUAAUUCGUUGCAGUUUUACCAUUAGCUCAAAUCUCAUAAAUAGGUGAUCACACGACACACGAAUGAUCAUAGUUCUUGUGGUGCAAAGAGUGAAAACAUAUGCGGAUCGUGUGAGGGAAGGAAAAAAUGAUAUAGAAAUAUUUAUUAUUGGCUUAAUUGGCGAGUGAUUACCAAUUUUAAUAAGUUUUAUAAUAUUGCAAAAUAUAUAUAAUUUUCUUUUAAUAAAAAAAAAAUGCCUCACGCGUGGUGGCUAGUGAUCUCUCUGUCGGUUUUUGUGACAUGCAAUCCUACAACACUUCGUCCAUUGCACGGUUCAAAUGGGAAGUACUCCAAUAAACCACCUUUGCCACCGAUUUUCAAUACCCUUAGUGAUGUGCAAAAGUAUCCACCGAGUGAAUAUACUGAACAGAUCUUCCUGCCAAUUGCUGCCAAAAAUUACCAUCCCCAGAAGACACAUGAGACGUUGAGUAGGGAACCGAAGGAGUUUGAUCUGCUCAAUUUUAGUGCUUACACAGUGCGUCCCAUGAACAUAUCCAGGAAGUUGCCUUGGAAUCCCAGGAAGGCUACGUCAGAAGAAGAAGUAGUCACGGAUAAUCCCAAGCAGAUGCUGAAAGCUCAAGCACCCCCGAAGGAUUUUCCAGCUCCUAGUUAUGUGACUUUCUACGGGAAAAUCCUUCCGAGGCUCGAAAGGUUGACCGAAACUACUACUCAGUAUCCUCAAACUACCAGGAUGCCUCUGAAGACUCCUCGUCCUAUGUUCAGACGUUCGAUGAAGAAUCACUAUGGGAACUAUGAAUACCCAACCUCCACUCCUAGGUACCAGCAGGAAGACCUUAGAGUUAAUCACUACGGGAACUACGACUACCAAACUUCAACGCCUAGGUACCGUCCGGAAGAACUCAGAGCCACGAAACAGACCGAUUUCUACGGGGACGUGGAAAUUAUUCAUCCGACUGUUGGUAGAGCCAAGGAUGUAGACCGGGCUCGUCUGGUUAAAGCCGAAGAAGACUCAGACAAAAACCAGAAAUACGAGUCUGCAGAAUCUUCCGAACGAGAUCUUGUAAAAAAGAUCCUCUAUGAUGACGUCUUCUACCAUCCUGAAGUGAAGAAGAAACAGAAGAGGAAAACUCAAAAACUCCUGGCUUCUUAUAACCUUCCCAUUCAGCAUAGGCAGUCAAGACAACCCCAACAAUCUCAGCAACUUCAACAUUUCAAGAAGCCCUAUAAAAAGCCCAAUGAUGGGGAUUAUUCCUACAUCGUCUUCCCUGCAGACAAGAAGAAGACAGCCAAGAGUGGUAAGCUUAAGAAUGGGUUGAACAGUAAUCUUGGGAAGAAGAAGGCCAGAGGAGUUAUCACGAAUACGACAAAAGUCUACUACAACUUCGAACAUACCCAUGAACCGAACACAAACGAUCAAAGAAACGCCGAGGCCCUAGCUUCUGACUACUACGAGACAACCCUUCCCAAUCCCGACGUAUCAGACACAACGGAAAAAUAUUCCUCAAAGUAUCGAACCCCGAAAUGGAUAAAUCCCUCCGAUGAGAGGGAAUCUUCAGGCCAGCAACGCAAUCCUCCAUUCCUUCCCACAGUCCUUACUCCUCUGGUUCGGAUUGAGAAACCCAAUACUGACGAAUAUUCCUCAGACUAUGACCUCAGUGGGGCCAAUAGUGAUCAGAAGUCAGAGAAACAGAAGAAUGACGACGUUCAACAGUAUUUUCAGGAUCUGUUUCGACUCCAGUUGGAGCCCGAUAAGAUCGAAUUUGGGUAUGUGAUGGAAAAUCCGCGACAUUGGGAAGAACGCUACGAGAGAAAUGACAUGAAAAACCAACGGCACCAGGGAAAAGUUCGCUGGGGAGACAAGGAAGGUGGCUAUGGAGAGCACGUCUGGGAUCUGAAUCACCACAAGGACGAAUCCGCCUGAGAGAGCUAAGAAUGACAACUGAUUUAGAAUUUUUACUGUGAACAUUGAAUGACGGAAAAAAAUGUAGGGAUUGCAAUUAAAGAAUGAGAAAA